GUCAGUCAGUUGGGCUUGCGACUCGAGUCUUGGCGAUAGGGCGAGCGGGAGGCGAUUUAACGAAGCUCGGAUUGAUCGGCGUCAUAAAGUGCUUGUGUGAAUAAUCUCCUCGUGUCCAGGAUGGGAGCCGGCGGCCGUUCGGCAUCGUCGUAAUCGGCGGCGACUUGAAUUUGAUCGACGUUGUACAAAGGUGAAAUAUAAAGGCGAGGAAUAGUGCGAGGAGGAUUACAGGGAUUCGGGAAGAGAAUACCUGGAGUAGUGAAUCGUGUGCGGUGAGACGAUGCUUACGCGGUGCGUGACUACUGUGCGACGGGACUGCUACGACGGCGGCGAAAUGCGAGAGGCGACAAGGCCCAGGAGGACACCGGCCUACGAUGGGACGGCUGUUGCCCGACGGGCGAGGCCCCUCGUGCUCGUAUUGUUAGUGUUACUCCUGCGCGGAACGCUAGGCGAAGCCUUGAAAUUGAGACACUCGAGACACCUCGACUCACAGGAUCAGCUGCUGCCCUAUAACGAGGAUGAAAUUGUCAGGCCAUGCUUUUUGUUCCAGGCACAGUCCUCAGACAAUCAUAAUCACAAACCAGUAUUUUCAAAAUGUGCAACCUACGCGCCUGUUAUCAAGGAGGAGGAACCAGCCGGUACGGAGGUCAUCAGAGUUCACGCCGAGGACAGGGACCCCCUUGAUUCUGGAGGAACAAUCGUCUAUACAUUCCUUUUCGCACCCGGCGAGAGGUUGAAAUUUCAAAUCAACAAUGAGACUGGGUUGAUAAAAACUACUCAAAUACUGGACCGAGAUGAGCCGGCUCGAGAAAAGGAAGUUUACCUUACGAUUUUGGCUAAGGAUAAUGGUAGGCCGCAACUCGACGAUGUCUGUACGUUCAAAGUCACCAUAUCGGACGUUAACGACAAUUCGCCUGUAUUCGACAAAGUGGCGUACACGGAGUCGGUACCUCAAGAUCUGCCCCUUGGAAGAGAAGUCAUGAGAGUUUCGGCGACUGAUAUCGACGAUGGUAACAAUUCCGUGGUUCGUUACAGUUUGACCUCUAAGAUAGCCGAGGAUGAAAUGUAUUUCCGAAUCGAUAGAAACACUGGUAUUAUAUUUCUCAACAAAACGAUCGACAGACAACCUGACUACAGAUUUAACCUGAUCGCUAAAGCCGUAGAUCAAGGAGAGAUUCCGCAGUCCAGUUACAUAGAGUUGGAAAUAAGGGUUGUUGAAUCUCAUAAAAAAGCACCUGCUUUUCUAAACAGAACGUCAGAACCUUUGAAGCUGAACGAAAGCCUCAACGAUUUUAGUCUCAGUCUUGUUAGGCUACAAGCAGUUUCAAAUAUCGAUGGAGACUCCGAAGUAGUUUUUCGACUAGUUAAUGGCCGAACCGAGCAGACUAACAAGGAAAAUACUUUCAGACUCGAUCAAUCUGGUAAAGAUGUAGCUGAUAUAAAACUGGCUAAGCAUCUUGACUUUGAGAGCAAUACAGAUUAUACCCUGAUAGUUCGUGUCUCAAACAAAGAAUUACUGGCUGCUGAGACUUCUAUUAACAUUGAAGUUCUUGAUGUCAAUGACAACAUACCGAUAUUUCGUGACAUAAAAGAGGGUAGUGUGUUGGAAAAUGAACCACCAGGAGCUCCAGUGAUGCAAAUUCGAGCUAUAGACGCGGAUGGCACCUCCGCUAAUAAUCAGGUCUCCUAUGAAUUGGAGAACUACAAGAAUCUUUUUACUAUUGAUAAACGAACCGGUAACCUGACAACGCUCAUGACUUUUGAUAGAGAGAAAACUGCGGCAUAUACCGUAAAGGUAGUUGCGGUAGAUAACUCACCUAGCGCCCUUUACCAGAAUGGUGAACCUAACAAGGGUCGACAAGUGUUCACUGUCACAAUCGCUGACAAAAAUGACAAUCCGCCACACUUUACUCAACCAGUGUACACAGCUAAUUCCAUACCGGAAAAUGCAAACAUCAAUCAACUUGUGACCGAAGUCAAAGCCAUUGAUCGAGAUACGGCUAGUCUCGUUACGUACAGUAUUAUAUCAGGAAAUACUGGAAACGGUUUUGACAUUGAGCCUAACACAGGAAAGAUUCGGGUCAAGAAUCAACUCGACUACGAAACUAUUACAGAAUAUAAUUUAACCAUUCGAGCUUUUGACGGCCUAUUUAACGACACUGCCUACGUCAAGAUUUUCAUCGAUAAUGUAAACGACAAUCCACCUGUUUUCGAAGAUUUCGAGAAAAAUCUUACUAUCCAGGAGGAAAGCUUAGUCGAAGGGUGUAUAACCAUUGUGUCAGCCUACGAUCCCGAUAUUAAAGAUAGGACUGCCGACCAGCAUAUUGCUUAUUUCAUAGCCAACGAACAGCAUAAGCCUUUCCUAACCAUAGACAAAUCGGGAUGUCUGAAGUUGAAAAGAACCCUCGACCGGGACCCGCCGGAUGGAUAUGAGACUUGGGCGGUUCUGGUCAUGGCACGGGAUGAGGAUGGUGGGCCAACUGCUUUGCGAGCCACUGAGACGAUUAAUAUUAAAUUGGAGGAUGUAAAUGACAAUGCACCUUUCUUGGAUAUGGUUCAACCAGUGGUAUGGUAUGAAAGAGAGAAACCCGGGAAAAUAAUUGAACUGCAGGCAAAGGACUGGGAUUCGGAUAAAAAUGGCCCCCCUUUCAAAUUCAAGAUCGAUGCGAUUGCUGACGAUGAGAUAAAAUCAAAAUUUUCGAUAAAAGACUCGAGUCUUUACGCCAAAGUCGAAUUUAACAGGGAAGAACGUAAAACCUAUGAUAUUCCAAUAGCUAUCACUGACAGUGGCUCACCACCGCAAACUAAUACAUCCAUAUUAAAUGUCAUCAUUGGAGAUGUCAAUGACAAUGCAAUGAAAGAAGGUUCUAGUAGCAUUUUUGUGUACAAUUAUAAGGGGGAAGCACCAGAUACAGAGAUUGGGAGAGUAUACGUCGAUGAUCCGGACGACUGGGAUUUGCCUGACAAGUAUUUCACGUGGGAUUCUAGCCACGAAAAUUUUUUACUCGAUCCUCACACUGGUAUGAUAACAAUGCUGCAUGGAACGCGAAAUGACACGUAUGUCCUGAAGUUUAUCGUCACUGAAGAAAGUAAACUGGUAGAACAUCACAAGGUCAAUGCCUACGUGAAUGUAACGAUUAAAGAAAUACCAGAAGAAGCUGUGAUUAAGUCAGGAUCGAUACGGUUCUCAGGUAUCACUGCGGAAGAAUUUGUCGCACCGGGAGCAUCAGGUGUAAGCAAGAAAGAAAUUUUCCAAGUACAGGUUGCAGCUAUGCUAGAAACUGAGGUUGAAAACGUGGACGUAUUUACAGUGUUACAUUCGCCACAUAAUAACAAUAAAAGUCUCUUAGAUGUUAGAUUCUCAGCUCACGGAAGUCCCUACUAUGCACCUGAAAAAUUGAACACAAUUGCUACUCUCCAUAUUUCGAAGAUAGAAAGUGAAUUGAAUACCAGUAUAUUGCUUAUAAACAUUGACGAAUGUUUGUUUGAAAAACUCCACUGCAACAACUCUUGCCGUAGUAUAUUGAACAUCAGUUCCAAUCCGUAUGCAGUUUACACAAAUACAACAUCGUUUGUUGGCGUUAGAGCAGUGGUUGACGCUCAAUGUAUUUGCCACGUUGCUGAGCCAAAUAUCAAUUGUUUGAAUGGUGGGACUCCUUUGGUGUCAUCUUUGGUUACGAAGUGCGAAUGUCCUCCAGGUUUUGAAGGCCCAAGAUGCGAGCUAUUAGCAAUUGGUUUUAACGGUGACGGAUGGGCUAUUAUGCCCCCUCCUGGCCAAGCCUGUGACGAUUCACAUCUAGGACUGGAAAUUGCACCUCAAGUUGAGAAUGGGCUCGUGUUUUACUUUGGUCCGAUGAGCUACAUCCCUAUUUUGGAUAUCCAAGAUUUCAUGUCUUUAGAGAUACAGGAAGGUCAUGCUGUUCUGCUAGUUGACUAUGGUUCUGGGACGAUAAGGCUGGAACAAAACAAGAUUGAAUUGAUGGACGGGAAGAGUCAUAGAAUCGACGUUUAUUGGACUAAGACUACGAUAGAAAUGAAAGUUGACAACUGCCAAAUGUCUUCCUGCAUGAAAUUGACAGUACCACAGGGACCGAAUGAAUUUCUCAAUGUCAACAGUCCCCUACAAAUUGGGGGUUCUCCAACGAACCUUGUUCAUCUUGCAAGUCAGUUUAAUUGGGAUCACAAGCCGACAAGUAAAGGAUUUACUGGAUGCAUACGCAAUAUGACUAUAAAUGGAAAUACAUACAAUUUAGGAAUGCCAGAAUAUUUCAAGAACACAGACUCUGGUUGCAAUCAUGGAAUGGCAAAAGCUGUCACAUUUGGAAUUGACACUAACUUUUUAGUCGCCAUUCUAGUCUGUGUGGCAAUCCUACUGAUCUUAUUGUUAGCUGUAGUGGUGCACAGAAGAAAGACGGACGACUUGUACAAAGACAUGGACGAUAUUAGAGAGAAUAUCAUUAAUUACGAAGACGAAGGAGGCGGUGAAGUCGAUACGGGAUACGACUUGAACGUUCUCCGCGCCAUGUACGAUGCCCCACCCAUAGAUUCAAAAAUGGCACCUGUCGGACUCGAAGGAAGAGCCCCAGAUACUGGUGAUGAAGUACCCGAUAUUUGUGGGUUCUUAGACGGCAAAAAAGAGAGCUGUGACAAAGAUCCUGAAACGAACGCAUUUGAUGAUGUCAGGCAUUAUGCGUACGAAGGCAAGGGUAAUUCCGAAGGAUCUCUGUCGUCUCUUGCUUCCUGUACUGACGACGGUGACUUGAAGUUUAAUCAUUUGUCGAACUUUGGUCAAAAGUUUUGGAAAUUGGCUGACAUGUAUGGGGAGGAGCCAAGCGACGAAGACAGUGACGGCGUUGGGGAACGGGAGAGCGAAAGCUGGUGUUAAUUAAAAAGACUUCUUUAACUAUAAACAGUUUAGAGAUAUUCCUGAUAUAGACAUUUCCCGAAAUAUUUACAAAGUUGAGGAGGAGGAAACGCCACGUUACAACACUACUGUACUUAAAAGCAUAGGUGAAGGACUUGUGGCUUGGUGAAGCGACGAUUUCGGUUUGUAUUCAGUUUCAGAACUUUAUGCAACACCAAAGAAGUAGAACUACAUUAUAACUAACAAGAUAUACAAUACGUGAAAAAGACUUGAAUGAAGAGACUAUCAUUCCGCGCAGUGUUGAAGUGAAUGCGUUAUUUCAUGUAAUGCGCCAGGCCUGGACUUUUGUGAACUGGAAUCAUUUAGUAUUUAUUUGAAAUCAGUCUGUUGAUGAUUAUCUUGAUAAACUCCGAAGUAGGUUGGACUUUCUCAAGAUCAAACGUAACUUUUGUAACACGCUCAAUUAUUUAGACAUACGCGAAAUAUUGAUGCCUAAAGAGCCUAAUGUUUUAAGUGAACGAAAUUAUUUAAAAUUCAUAUAACUGAUUAUCGAAUUAUUACAAAUACAACUGUACCAGUGCAGGCCCUCGUUAUUCAUUAAUAAACGGUGUCAUGUAAUAUAUUAUAAUACUAUGAUAUAAAAAUGCAGAGGGUAAGAGAGUGGAAGCUAUAAAAUACGAUGUGAAAGGGCUUAAAGAAAUUAUAGCUAUUGAAAGUAAAUAUUUUUUAUUUGUUUAUUAACUAGUAAUUAGUAAGUACAGAAGGAAAAGAGGUAUUACUUAUUUUGUUUACAUUUUUUUUUUAAGAAAGCUAUCAGACUGACUUAGAACUCGUUGACUUUGGGAAAACAUAGAUGCCAAUAUGUAUAACUAGCAUUUCUAUUAAUCCAGAAUGUUAAAUUCGUUCUUGACGCGAGUUUUUAACGGAUUUGUUGACGUAUUUUAAAAUGCUUACUAUUAUUUUAAUUAUGGUUCACAUUUUGGGUUAAUAGGCACACCAGCAAUAUACACAUUGGUAUAAAGUUUUAUUACCUACAUUAACGACCGUAUUUUCCUGAUAUUUCCAUCAAAAAUUCUCACAGCAUCAAUUAUAUGAACAUUGAGUACCGGGAAAAACGAUUGAAACAAAGUAAUUGAAUAUUAUUCUUUUAGAUCCGUAGGCGAUACACAGUUAUGAUAAAGUUCUAAUUAUUGUAUAAUUGUUUUAGUUGAAAAUUUUCCAAGCCAAUUUUUUUUACAUAUAUAAUAAACUAUAUUAUAUGUAUAUCGGCAUACACGAGAUACACUACAUACUACAUAUUACAUGCAUAUAUUUAAUUUAUAUAUUUUAAUAUUCGGAUAGAAAAGUGAGAAUAUAAGAGAAACAGGGCGAGGAAGUGCGAAUUGCGUGAGAUAACAUUGUAAAAUGUAUUCUUUUGAUCAUAACCAUUUAAUCGCACGCGAGGUCAAGCAACUCAAAAUAAACAAUUAUUGUAGAAUGUAAUUCUUUUAGUACAUGUAUUUUUUUUUUUUACAUAUAUACACACACACACACACAUACAUAUAUAUAUAUAUACAAUAUCGAUCUAUCCGUCUCCAAGCAUUUCGUACAAUAUAAUUAUAGUUAACGGCAGUCAACGUCAAAUAAAUAGUUCUGCUUUUCAGCCUAUCGAUAAGCUGAACUUAUAGUUAUAGUAAGACCGUAAAAUGCCAUAGCACCAUCCUUUAUCAUUCAUGACUACCAUGAUGAUUUAUUAGUAUUAGUAAAUCGCAUUUCAAAAUCAAUUCCCACCAUUCAUCGACCAUUAGUUAAUAGCACGUAUUUUAUAUUAAAAGUGAAAAAUAUUCAAAAAAAUGUCAGCGACUGAAAAUUGCGUAUUAAAAAAACAAAAAAACUAACUUGUAAAAUUCGAUCAUUAGUAUAAAUAUAUUAAUUAUUUGUAAGCUUUUUACGAUUGAACAGCUGUGACAUAAUAAAUACUGUUCGUGCACUAAUAAAAAAAGGUGCUCCUGACGAGAAGAACAAUAGACAAGAUCACGGUAUAGGUUGAAAAAGAUUAAAAAAAAAAUCAAUAAACAAAUAAAUAUACAGAAAGUUUCACAGAAAAAUUGUGCAAAACUUGUUUUUUUGAAUAUCGGGUGAAUAUUGCCAUAUCUAGAAAUCUGGUUUGACUUCCAAGUUGAAUCACUGUUUACCCAAUUGAGACAGGAUUUAGAUGAACUAUGCCGAAGUGUACAUGUGACAUAUCUUAUACUGAAGGGUGUAAGGGAACGCCCAACAUACACGCUUUAUUUUCAGCAUUUGAUUGAUUGAUUGAAGGGCAGAAUUUUAGAGUAACCGGAUCAGUUCUACUUCGUAAGUUUGGAAAUACCCACCUUGUCUGUAAUAAUGAUUCAACAAAUGAUAACGCAAAAAUUUCUUCAGAUAAUUCUCGCAAAUCCGGGACGUAUACAAAGUAAUUUACCUACAAGAUCGUGAAGACUGUAUAUUAACCGUUGUUAUAUACAGGAGAUAAAUGGUUUCAAGUAUUCCGAUUAGAAGCACCUUUUUACAAAAUUUAAAUUAUGAACAGUUUAGUUGUAAGUGUCGCAGUAUAGGUAAAAGCACAUGAUCUCAAAAUUGAAGAACGGAUGUCGCUUGCCAUACACGAUGAAACUAUUAAUCAUUGCAGUGGCUUUACGAAGCGCUAUAGUAUAAUUGCGAAAUUGUUAUACUAGUGUUUGUACGUAAUGGUAAGGGUCGAAAGUAACGAACAAGAAAAAACUCAACUGAUGAGAGUUGCAAAGAAGCGAGACACAAAGUUUGUCUACAAUUAACUUCUUUUUUUUUAACUUCCGAAUCAAGUUGGUAGAUUCAAAGAUGCGCUGACGGUCCGAACAUAACGUUUCAGAUUGAAAAAGGUAAUAACUAAAAGAAUUGACAUCAAUGUACUGCAGUCUCUAAUUAAUCGAGAAAACCGUGUAUUACUGAAUUUGACUAACAAUGAAUGUGUUGGCAAAUCGUUGAAUGUUGUUGACAGCUGUUAUGUAAAGAGCUGCCUUCUAGUUUACAGAAUUUCUGAAGCAUUCAUCUAUAUUUGGAACGCGAGCGUAAUCAUUACAGAAUCUAUUCGACUGAUAAUACACAUCAAUUCAUCUAUUGUAUGCUAAAUUAUCUGUUAUUGACGCGCGAAUUGCGUAGUAAUUAAGAGUGAACGAUAUACACAUAUAAAAAUAGGGUAUAUGUAAGAAAACGCGAAAUAAAACUGCCUACAAAAAAAAAUAAAAUAAAAAAAUAUUGGUACGAUAAUAUGAACCACAACGUUUUAAUUUCUUUAAUGGAUAAGAAGAGUUAUAUACAUAUAUAUAUAUAUAUAUAUAUAUUCGUUUUUUGAUUAUCAACGAACAAAUUCACUAUUUUCACUCGACGUACAUCAUGUUGUAUGUACAUACAUACAUAACUGCGAUUUUCCGCAUCCUUGCAGUACACAGUCGUUUUUCAUCACCCUCCUCAUAGCAGCAAUUAAUAAUCAUGUGGGAUUUGGAUCAACCUCUAGCUUAGAGAUGACCGUUAAUCUUAAUCGACAACGCAGGUCCGAUUUAAUCACGAUUUCAUCCCACAAUGUAUACUUGUGUAAAAUUUUUUACUUCCUAAUUUCCAAUUUAUAUAAACUAUUAUACCUUUAUACACCCAAUCGUGUAUUGUAUGUGUACAUAUUAAAGUAAUAAUAAAAAAAUAAAUGAAAUCGAAAUGCUUAUA